CGAAAGCGAAAGCCGCGGCCCCGGCGCCCGCACGGCGCACCCAGGCUCCCCACUUCGGGAGCAGCUCAGGCCAGGGGCAACCGGAGCCGCCGUCCCCAGCCGCAGCCCCACCAUGGCGCUGUCCUACCUGAGGCGCGGGGCCUCUCUGCUGCUGGCGGACAUGGCUUUACUGGGGUUGCUGCAGGGGCCCCUGGGAAGUCUGCUUCCCCCGGGGCUGCCAGGAGUGUGGCUGGAGGGCGCCCUGCGGCUUGGAGUGCUGUGGGAGCUGCUGGGGCGCGUGGGGGGCUUUCUGCCCCUGCUCUGCCUGGCCGCCCCCCUGUUCUUCUCGCUGAGAGCCCUGGUGGGAGGCACCAUGGGCGCCCCGGCCGUCAGAGCGGCUUCUGCGUCCUGGGGCUGGCUGCUGGCUGGCUAUGCGGCUGCCGCGCUGGGCCACGCGGUGUGGACUGUGCUGAGCCCGCCGGACGCCCAGGAGAAGCAACCUGGCCAGGAGAACAGCAGAGCGCUGAUGUGGCGGCUGCUGAAGCUCUCCAGGCCCGACCUGCCUUUCCUCUUGGUGGCCUUCUUCUUCCUUGCGAUGGCUGUGCUGGGGGAGACGUUGAUCCCUCACUAUUCUGGCCGCGUGAUUGACAUCUUGGGAGGCGAUUUUGACCCGGAUGCCUUUGCGAGCGCCAUCUUUUUCAUGUGCCUCUUCUCUGUGGGGAGCUCCCUGUCUGCCGGCUGCCGAGGAGGCUCCUUCCUCUUCACCAUGUCCAGGAUCAACCUGCGGAUCCGAGAGCAGCUUUUCUCAUCCUUGCUGCGCCAGGACCUUGGCUUCUUCCAGGAGACCAAGACAGGGGAGCUGAGCUCCAGGCUGAGCUCGGACACCUCCCUCAUGAGCCGCUGGCUCCCCUUCAAUGCCAACAUCCUGCUGCGGAGCCUGGUGAAGGUGGUGGGCCUCUACUUCUUCAUGCUCCGAGUGUCACCCCGCCUCACCUUCCUCUCCCUGCUGGACCUGCCCCUCACAAUAGCGGCCGAGAAGGUGUACAAUACCCGCCAUCAGGCGGUGCUAAGGGAGAUCCAGGAUGAGGUGGCCAAGGCGGGCCAGGUGGUGUGCGAGGCCGUUGGAGGGCUGCAGACUGUCCGAAGCUUUGGGGCGGAAGAGCACGAGGUCAGCCGCUACCGGGAGGCCCUGGAGCGGUGUCGACAGCUGUGGUGGCGCCGAGACCUGGAGAAAGAGCUGUAUUUAGUCGUUCGGAGGGUGAUGGGCUUGGGCAUACAGGUGCUGAUUCUAAACUGCGGCGUGCAGCAGAUCCUGGCCGGCGAGGUCACCAGGGGUGGCCUGCUCUCCUUCCUGCUGUACCAGGAGGAAGUUGGCCACUAUGUCCAGAACCUGGUGUACAUGUACGGAGACAUGCUGAGCAACGUGGGCGCCGCCGAGAAGGUGUUUUGCUACCUGGACCGAAGGCCAGAUCUGCCCCCGCCGGGGACCCUGGCCCCUCCCAGGCUGGAGGGCCGCGUGGACUUCCAAGACGUCUCCUUCUCCUACCCCAGUCUGCCUGAGAAGCCUGUGCUCCAGGGGCUGACGUUCACGCUGCAUCCGGGGAAGGUGACCGCCCUGGUGGGCCCCAACGGGUCGGGGAAGAGCACGGUGGCCGCCUUGCUGCAGAACCUGUACCAGCCCACCGGGGGCCGGGUGCUGCUGGACGGCCAACCCCUGGCCCAGUAUGAGCACCGCUACCUGCACCAACAGGUGGUGCUGGUGGGCCAGGAGCCUGUGCUGUUCUCGGGUUCCGUCAAGGACAACAUUGCCUACGGCCUGAGGGACUGUGAGGACGCUCAAGUGAUGGCAGCUGCCCAGGCGGCCUGCGCGGGCGACUUCAUCGGGGAAAUGGCUAACGGAAUCUACACAGAAAUAGGAGAGAAAGGGGGCCAGCUGGCCGUGGGACAGAAACAGCGCCUGGCCAUUGCCCGGGCCCUUGUGCGGAACCCACGGGUCCUCAUCCUGGAUGAGGCUACCAGUGCCCUGGACGCUCAGUGUGAGCAGGCUCUACAGGCCUGGAGAUCGCAGGGCGACAGGACGGUGCUGGUGAUCGCCCACAGGCUGCACACGGUUCAGAGCGCCGACCAGGUCCUGGUGCUCAGGCAGGGGCGGCUGGUGGAGCGUGACCGGCUCAGGGAGGACCAGGAUGUCUACGCUCAGCUGGUGCAGCAGCGGCUGGAGGAGUGAGGCCUCUGGAUGCCUCAGAACUGUGGCCGGGAGCAGACGCACAGGGGCAGAGCUGGAGUGGGGAUGAAGAUCGGGACCAUUUUGGACCCUGUGUGCUUUGGUGGGCUUGAUGGGUGAGAGUCGGGGGAUGGGUGAUUGCCGAGUGGACUGGUUGUUUUUUUGGUCUAGAAACAUUAUUUUUUGCUGAAUAUACAAAUAAUAAAUACGUAAGAAUGCUUUUCCUUAA